UCCUCAACGUCCUCAUCGCUUUCCUUUCAUCUUUUCCUACUUUUUAUACUAUAGAUUUCCUCAUUACGUUGAUCCUUGGCGUAUACCUCUCCACAUUCGGACAUUGCGACGACAGAUUCUGCCAUCUCCUGGUCCACGAUAACCCAGGAGAUUCCCUACGACAUACUUCGCACACCCGGUUUGUCAGUUGGUUCAGGCAAUUGGGCACCAUCUUCAGCCAUUAAUAUCUCUUCCCUCACCUAUUCGGACGACUGAACUUAUCGCCCUCUCCACACUGAACCGCGGCCUCCUCCUUAGCCCCCUUCUGAGCCCCAACACCCUUUCUCACCGGCCUCCACAGCCCUUGGCUCGAACGGUAUACAAGAGCGCCCCUCUUUAAACCCAUCAUGGUUCCCCCUCCUCACUUGAAGCGUGAAAUACCAGAGAUCGACGGGUCACCCGCUGGAUUCAUCGCACUCGUCGUCGUACUCAGCGUUAUCAUACUAGCUUCCUGCAUUGCCGUCUUCUUCCUCCUCCGCGACCACGAACCAUCAGACGCCCAGCGCGCCGCACGCCGCUCCCGCUACAUGCGCGAAAUCGAACGAGAAGCCUCCACCGCCGACGGCGGCCCCGGCUCCACGGCACCUCCGUCGCUCACCGAGCGCAUGAAGCGCAUCUGGCGCACCAAGGGGUACGCGAGCGCCUCCCGGCGCGGUUCCGGUGGCUGGGUGCAGGCCACUGGCGACGAGUGGGAAACGAGCAGUGCAAACGGGGACGACCACGACACGGGCAUGCGGGUCGUCGGCGGGACGAAGCUCAAGGUAGAUAUCCCGCGGGCGUACGCAGACCCCUAUGCGCGGAGCGACUACCCAGCGAGCUCGGAGAACGGCCACAGCCAAAGCCAAGCCCACGGCGCGGGCGGCCCGCCCGUGCGCAUCGUCGACAGUCCAGUGACCAGCGAGGCCUUUGACCCGUUCCGCAUCCCGUCGGAGUAUCUCGACCCGUUCCACGACGCGCAGACGAAGCAGCCCCCGCCGUCGGUGAGCCACGGCCACUACGACGUGGAGGACCCGAUGGCGGAGCGGCGGAUAUCGAUUAGGACGGUUACCGCGGAGCGCGCGCUCUCGCCGAUACGGACAAGGGGCGACGAUAUAGAGGCGAUGAGCCCCGUCGAGGUGCGGAACCCCAAGCAUUUUUCGACGCAGAGCGGGGCUUCUGUGCGCACGUUCGAGGGCGGCACGAAGUUCCUGGAGGGGCUAUGACAUGCUGCAUGAGUCGGUCGGCCGCGACGACGUCAAAGCUGGAUGACUUGGUAUUGUCUCUGUGCGGAAUGAUAUGGUCGCGGGCAUGAGCGCACGAGGAGUGGGACGGGUAAUUCGCCAUGGGUUUGGCGGCUUCAACACCAAGGGAAUCACAACACGACUACGGAAAGAUACGAACGACGACACGUAACGACAAAAGUCUCUAUUCUCCAUCGCAUCUUCACCUCCACCUUUUUCUCCACUUUGUCUAGUAGCUCCCCUUUCUAUUUUUCCUUUCCCUCCCUCUGAUCGUCUCUCCGCUGGUUCUUUGAAACGACGUACAAAACCUGUACAGUUUGCGCACCGCUACCUAUGUAGCUAGCCCUUGUUGGAUCCUGGUUCGGUUUGUUAUUGGACGUUGUUAUGCGCAUGGACAGACAACGUGUAGCCAGGCGAUGUGUACUAGUAGAACAUGUGUAUAUUUUAUUCGUAGUUAUCUCAAUCAGUCGCAUACUCUG